CCGACAUGUCAGACGAGUCCACAUCCAGAGACUAUCAGUCCAUUUCGUAAGUAGGCUUCUUACAUUAAGGUGGUUGAAAUAAGAGGCUGUGAGCGGCUGAACCUCUGCAAUGCAUCGACACAGUACAGAUUAUCAACCCGUCAGAGACAUGCCGCAGAUAUAUCCAGAGUCCUGGAGUAAGUUCUUUGUGGUCCUGACUGGAAAAACGAACGACACUCAUGGAGACUUUGUAAAGAUAAUUAAAAACAACGGACACACUGAGGUCACCACUCCUGAAGAAUGUGACUACUGUCUGCUCUUCUGUCCCAUCACUUCACGAGUUGGAACCGACGUGGGUUUGUCCCUCAGACACAUUCCUGAAAAUAAACCGACGAUCCUGGUGGUGAUGUAUCACACCUUUGAUCGUAACCACCACGUACUCGACAGCAGGAGGCUGACGGACGACCCGCGUGUCCACCUCAAAGUGAACUGUCUGUUCCAUGAGCAGAAACUGCUGAGCUGUAGCUGCAACGAUAUCGCGCAGUUUGAGAUCCGGAGGUUUCUUGGAUUCCCCCAGAACUCCUGGUCCAUCAUCAGUUACGUGAUUUGGCCCUGGGUCGUUCUGCUUCGCUUCCUGACCUGGCUUUGCUCCCGGGCAUGGCUUUGCUCACGGGCACCGGCACGGUGGUUCAUGUGGCUCGGAUAUAUCUUGGUCUCUGGCCCCAGGAACUUCUGGAAUUACUUAAGAGAAUUACUCGGGUGUUAAUAUUCUAGCAUCAGGAACCAUCCGGUGAUUUUCGGUUUAGGCCUGUUGGGGGUUCUUUCUGUCAUUGCUCUGGUGAUCAUUAUCGUGGAACUGAAAUAACAUGACAGGACAGUGAACACGCAUGACAACACAAAAUCAAAAUAAGGAAUCUAAAAUCUCUUUGAAUCUCAUUAUCACAAUUAAUUAUUCCUAAAGUGAGAAGUCUAAAGUGUCAUGUAUGUGUAAUUGUGAAGGUUCCGGGGCUGAAGAUUGUCAUGAGAAAUGUUACGACAUAGUUUUUCAUUCAGGAGAGAAAAAUGAAGAAAAUGCAUUGAACAGGAAUAAAGACAACUCCAGUUUGCCAGAUCUGGGCCACAAGGAAGACUUAGCAAAACCACAUGUCAGCCGAAAGUGGGAAACUUCAGGCUCAUGUCAGCUUUGUCCAGAAGAGCCGCAUUAAUGCCUUCAUCUGUAUCAUGUCUGGGAAAGAGGUGGUGGUCUAUGGGAUCAGAGCCGUACAGGUGAAAGUUAUUGCAAGUUGAAAAGUGAGCAGCUUGAAAAGGUUGAAACUAUUGUCAUAAAACAAUAUGAGCUUCAAAUCAAGGCGACAGACAAUGAGCGAGGGAGAAGGAAACUAACUCACUGUAUCUAAAUCAAUGUAAAAGUUAUCUCAAGUUAUAAUGGUCUUAUAGUUUUAGCGCAGAUUUUAAGAUGGACUUGAAAAAGCAAAUUGGUUCAUGCGGAUUAAAGAGCAAAUUGGUGUCAGCAGUAAUUUAUGCUUUUGAGAAAUAGGUUUUCUGUCAUGUUCAAAGUUGCGUCGACUAGAAUCACACGUGCUCCGAUCCGAUGAGGUUUCCAAUGAAGACUCGCUUUUAUUUAAAAUACUGAUUGUUGCUGCUUUAUGCUGCUUAAAAUACUAAGAUCACAUUUAUAAUCGUCAUGUUUGUGCCGCUUGUCUCUGUAAACGUUGUUUUCCAUUUGAAAAUGAAUCAAUAAAAGUCUCGUGAAACAUU